GAUCUUGUUCUACAUCUGAUUUUUCCUACAAGUAGGGAAUUAACCACACCACUCUUGGUUGAAUCGAGUCGAGUGGAAGGCUGCUGUUAGCCAUGGCCUCUGCUGAAGGAGGAGACAAAUACCGGUCCUUCCUGCACGGCGACGGCGAGAAGAACACGGUGUGGAGGCAUGGAGCCCCUCCCAACUACGACCUCGUGAACAAGCUCUUCGAGGAAGAGCGGACCAAGGAAUGGGCCGAGGGGUCUGUGGAAGAGAGGGUGCAGCGCUUGCUCAAGACCUGGGAGAUGGAGCUGGUCCACAAGGUGCGGCCCGAGGACCAGAAGAGCGUCCACCCCAAGAAUUACUCCGCCACCACCAACGGGCUGAAGCCGCUGACGCGGGAGGAGGUGACGGCCAUGGGCGGCUACAACGCGUUCCCGGCGACCACGCUGCCGCCGGAGCACCGCAUCUACGACCCGGACGCGGAGUCGGUGGAGUCGGCCACGUCCACCUUCCUCACGGCGUUCCCCCGGGGCUUCGCCAUCGAGGUGCUGGACGUGUACAGGGGCCCGCCCAAUCCCGGGAUCGCCUUCAAGUUCCGGCACUGGGGCUACAUGGAGGGCCCGUUCAAGGGCCACCCUCCGCACGGCCGCCGUGUCGAGUUCUUCGGCGUCUGUGUCUUCCAUGUUGACGAGGACACGAAGGUGGAGAAGGCAGAGUUCUUCUACGAGCGUGGCAACUUCCUCGCAAGCUUCUUGUCUGCGCCUCCUGCUUCUGCUUCUGCUGCGUCGGCUUCAGGUUGCCCUGUGAUGAGAGGAGACUGAAGCGCCAUGGAAUCGACGAAACAUGCAUGUCACUAUCUAGUAUUCUCUCCAGAAUUCGGAUUUGGCUAUAUUCCAUGUAAAGCCAAGAAAUGUUUAAAUAAAAAAAAAUUCAAUCCAUCGACUAUA